AUGUCCUCCCACGGCCAGCAACCCGCCGUCCCAAUCUCCAUUACCAUCUGCGGCGACGGCGGGUGCGGCAAGUCGUCCAUCACGCUGCGCCUCGUCCGCUCGCAGUGGACGUCGGAAUAUGACCCCACGAUCGAGGACUCCUACAGCGUCACGCGCCGCAUCGACGGCACCACGUACCACCUCUCCCUCACCGACACGGCCGGCCAGGAGGAGUACCGCGGCAUGUGGGCGUCGUCCAAUCUCGGCGCCGACGCCUUCCUCAUGGUGUACGACAUUACGUCGCGCGACUCCCUCGACGCCCUCCAGUACUUUGACGACCUGAUCAACAUGGAGGCCGAGACGCGGCUCGACAAUGCUGCGCGCGCGCGUCGUGCCGGCGUCAACCCGGGCCACGUCAAUACCGGCACCGCCAGCGGCUCCAAGACGGUCCCGCCCGUCAAGAUCGUCGCCGGGAACAAAUGCGAUCUCCAGGAGAGCAGGCAGGUCCCCGCCGCCAUGGGCCUUGACUGGGCGCGCAAACGGGGCUGCGGGUUCAUGGAGACGAGCGCGAGGCUCGAGGUCAACAUUGAGGAGACAUUUGCCCUCAUUGUGCGCCGCGUCGUCGAGAGGAGGCGCCUCGCCGAGAUGGGCGUCAUGGACAACACCGAGAUGAACGCCCGUGGCAUGACGAAGCCAUUGACCCCAUUGCCUGUGGAAAGCGACUCGGAAAAGCGAGCUCCAGGACUGCGGGGACCGACUCUGAGUGGCCAAACUUCUGUUGGCCGUGGCCAGGGUGGAUUCUGGAAGAAGUUGCGAUGUUGGUGA